CAGGUAUAGAAACUGCCGCCCUUCCGGCCUGCCCUUCUUCCUUCCCCCAACCCAGCCACUUGCUUACAAGGGUUGUUGCCAGAUGGGAGAACACAGCGAUACCUACUGUGUCCGCUGUGGUCUGAGGUCCCCACCCACUGGGGAACCACAGAAGGGAGGAGGGUAAAGAGGAAGGGAGGAGAGGGGAGGUGAAGGGAGGGGAGAAGAGAGGAGAAGAGAAGAGAAGAGAAGAGAGAAAAGCAGAGAAGAGAGGAGCUGAGCACCAUGGGGCACUGGAAUCGAAUCAAGAUUGCCAAAUGCCAGAUACUGAUCGCCAACUUCUUUGUCUUGCUGCUGGGCCUCUCUGUGGCCACCAUGGCAGUCGUCACCCACUUUGGAGACCACUUUACUGUGAUUGGCCGUGCAUCCUUGGAGAGGAACCCCUAUGAAACACUGAGCUACUGGGUCUUCUAUGUGGGGAUCAGCCUAGCAGGACUCCUGAGCCUAGGAGCUGCGCUGAGUACUAUAGCCACUGUGAGGGAGGCCCAUGGCCUCAUGGCUGCGGGUUUCCUGUGCUUCGCCCUGUCAUUCUGCAUCCUGGUGCAGGUAGCCUUCUGGAGAUUCCACAACCCCACCCAGGUGGAGGAUGCGGUGUUGGACACCUACGACCUUGUGUAUGACCAGGCAAUGAAGAACCCAUCUAGCAGCUGGUGGCAGGAGCUGGCCAUCAUCCAGGACACGUUUCUAUGUUGUGGGAAGAAAUCUCCAUUUGGGCUUCUGGCAAGCAUGGGAGCCAUCAUGUGUCAGGGCCAGGAGGCCAUGAGAGAGGACUGCCUCCAGAGCAUCAGGAACUUUGUGUGGACACACUGCAGUAUUGCUUCCACCCUGACCUGCACCAGCCUGGCCUUCACGGUAUAUGCUAUGACGCUCUGUGCCUUCCUCUGGUUUGCCAUUCACUCCUACUGUGGCUUGGAUCGGAAAGGCAGAUACUCCCUGACCCCACGCUCCUGGCUCCCAAUCCUGCUUUCUAUCUCUGAAGAUUUGCUGGGUUCAAGGAUCUCCUGGGGGUGGCUAUCUCAGCAUAGGGUCCACACAUUCAUCUGUGUUGCAAGUUCUUCAUUCCUGGGAGAAUCUCUUCCUGACUCUUGUUACUAUUUCUUUUAUCACUGCUGUGGAGGGCCAACAGAGCCCAGACUACCUGAACCUGCCUAGAAUGAGCAGCAGCACCCUUCUUCAUCUUAGCACUACUCAGCCAGCACCCUUGUGGGUCUCUUAACCCAGCAUGGAGGAGCCCAAACCCUCCAGGAGCCACCAGGCUUCCAGCUCUGCUGUACAUUCUGCUCUCUGACCAGGAUGUUCCUUUGUUGGUUACUAGGAGCUCCAACACAGGGAAAUAUCUUUGAAGGCAUGAAGCAGAACUCCUAGGAUGACUCAUUAGCUCUCAUUGUAAGAAGUGAUGCCCCCUCAGGCUUCCAACUGGGGGAUUCUGAUUUGGAGAAAAGCAUCUCCACACAUUGGCUACACAUGUGUGCUACAGGACACCAUGUAAUUUUGCAAUGCAAUCUCCCAAUGUGAUCUUAAAUGAUUCCUAAGAAGCUACAUUCAGCAGAGUGCCCCUGAUCACUAGCUGUUUGAAAGACAACUUCAGUGAAUCCCAGGGUAGCCUCCCCAUGCUCUUCUGCCUUUGGAUUUAAGGCUGGUCCCUUAGCAAUUAUAUGGUUUGGAUGCAGUUGAAUUGAAGUUUAAUGUUGUGUCCAAGUUUGAUCUCUGUUGUGAGGAUUAAAAGGAUACAAACUUAAUCUGACUGUGGUGUUUAGAAACAGGGCCUCUGGAAACAGAAAUAAAUGUAUGCAAGUCUACUUGCUUGGUUGCUCUCAGGACCUUGUCCUUCCUGUAACUGUUCUGGACCACCUGCCUAGGAAAUGGUACUGCCCAUAGUGGGCUAGGUCUUCCCACAUAAACCCUUAACAGUCAUACCCACAGGCCAAGAUGAUGUGAUAAUAGGGUAUGAAAGGUAAAGCCCCUUAAGUUUCCUGACUGAUUGACACUCAUCCUGUCUCUUGUCAUGGGAAUGCCCUCUGGUGCUCCAAGACUCUGAAGUAAGGAGGCCAUCACCAGAGGAAAGCCCCUUAACCUUGCCCUUUCAAAAUCAUGAGCAAAAUAAAUUCCCUCAAAAGCAUAGG